AUGGUGUCACUGCUCAACCUGCUCACGCUCGCCCCCGCGGUUGUCUCUGCCCUUUCCAUCAGCCGAAUUGCUCCGGGAGCCAACCCAGGAAAGCACUUUGGCCAUGAAAUCGCCCAGAGAGACUCGGCUUGCCGCUGUUUCCCCGGCGAAGACUGCUGGCCGACAACGGCCAAGUGGGCGGCCUUCAACCAGACCGUCGGUGGGCGUCUCAUCGCGACGGUGCCUAUCGGCGCUGUCUGCCACGAUAGCUCGUUCGGUGCCUACGACGAGGCCCAGUGCGCGGCUUUGCAGAAUAGCUGGGCCAGCUCCGAGACGCACAUUCAGACCUCGUCGUCGGUGAUGGCCGCCUUCUUCGCCAACCAGAGCUGCGACCCUUUCGUCGACCGCACCGAGCGCUGCGUCAUCGGCACCUACGUCCAGUACGCCGUCAAAGCCGCCAGCUACGACGACUACGUCAAGACGAUCAAUUUCGCCCAGGACAACAACAUCCGCCUCGUCAUCCGUAACACAGGCCACGACUACCUCGGAAAGUCGACCGGCGCCGGUGCCCUAGCGCUCUGGACGCACCACCUCAAGGACAUCAGCGUCGUGGACUACAAGUCCGCCGGCUACACCGGCAAGGCGCUCAAGGUCGGCGCCGGCGUCCAAGCCGGCGAGGCCCAGGCCGCCGCGCACGCAAAGGGGCUCGUUGUUGUGGGAGGCAACAGCCCGACGGUCGGUAUCGCGGGAGGCUACACGCAGGGUGGCGGUCACGGACCGCUUGUGUCCAAGUAUGGCCUCGCGGCCGACCAGGUCCUCGAGUGGGAGGUUGUCACCUCCGAAGGCCUGAGGAUCGUCGCAACCCCCACCAAGUACUCGGAUCUCUACUGGGCUCUGUCCGGCGGCGGUGGUGGCGUGUAUGCCGCCGUGCUAUCCAUGACGGUGAAGGCGUACCCCGACACAAUCGUUUCGUCUGCCAACUUGACCUUUACCAACGCUGGCGUCACGGACGAUGUCUUUUACGGCGCCGUCGGCACUUACUUAAAGACGCUUCCCGACAUUGUCGAUGCCGGAGCCGUCAGCAUCUGGUUGUUGGCCGCCGGCAUGUUCCUCGUGCAGCCGACGACGCUGCCCAACAAGACCAAGGAAGAGCUCCAGGCUCUGCUCCAGCCGACCCUCGAUGCGCUCGACGCCGCUGGCAUCACCUACGAUUUCAACAUUGGCCAGUACAACACCUUCUUAGACAGCUACAACGACAUGAACCCGGAACCGGCCGUCACCGAGUUCAACAUCGGCGGUCGUCUCAUGCCUCGGUCCCUGGUCGCCGACGACGCCUCGACCGCGACGCUCACUGACACGCUGCGUUCCAUCGCCAACGGCGGUGCCCUCGUGUCCGGUCUCACCAUCAAUGUCGCUCGGCCUGCGGGCGCGGUGGCCAACUCGGUGCACCCGGCGUGGCGCACUGCCCUCUUCUCGGCCGUUGUCGGAACACCGUACAGCCGGACCGACUUCUCGACGCUCGUCUCCGGGCAGAGGACGGUGACGGACACUAUCGUGCCGGCGCUCAAGGCGCUGACGCCCGGAGGCGGGGCGUACCUCAACGAGGCAGACCGUAACGAGGUCGAGUUCGAGACGACGUUUUACGGCAACAACUACGCCAAGCUCAAGGCAAUCAAGAAGCUGUACGACCCGCGCAGCACGUUCUACGCGCUGACGGGCGUGGGUAGUGACGAUUGGGAGGUUCGUAGUGACGGCCGGCUUUGUUCGGUGGCGUAA